AUGCUAUUUAUCUUUUUGACAGACAGCUGCUGUAACAGUGUGACAAAAAUUGAAAGUUAUGCAGGAUAUUCAGUGUCCUUCAGUUGUCUAUAUCAGCCUCAGUACCAGAACAACCUGAAGUACAUCUGCAGAGGAACACGGCCCUCCAUGUGUCUGCAACAGGCACUAAUCACCUCUUACAACAAAAAAAAUGGACGAUUCAGACUUAACGAUGAAAAUAUGUCAACAAAAUUCACAACAAAGAUUAGCAGUUUGACCCAAAGUGAUUCAGGGCGUUACCUCUGUGGCAUCCAAAGAAACUCUGACCUGCAUCUUUUCUAUGCUUUUGAGCUGAAAGUUAAAGACCGCUGCUGUGAUACUGUGACCAAUAUUGAAAGUUAUGAGGGAUACUCUGAGUCCAUCAAUUGUCCUCAUGAGAAUCAGUACCAGAACAGCCUGAAGUACAUCUGCAGAGGAAACCAGCCCUCCACAUGUCUGCAGGAUGCACUAAUCACCUCUAACAACAGAGAAAAUGGACGAUUCAGACUUAAUGAUGUAAAAAUGUCAAGAAUAUUCACAGUGACAAUUAGCAGCUUGACCCAAAGCGAUUCAGGGCAUUACCUCUGUGGUGUUCAAACAAACUCUGACCAUGAUGUUUUCUCUGCUGUUGAGCUACGAGUCAAAGAGUGGUGCUGUGUCACAUCAACUGAAAUAACAGGUACUGUGGGACAGCCACUAACUCUGCAGUGCCCUUAUCCUUCACAACAUCGGGAUAACAGGAAGUUCCUCUGUAAGGGAGACCACCGCAACAGCUGCAGAGACAUGGUGACGAGUAAAAGCAGAUUCGCACUACAAGGCGGUAUUUAUUCCAACUCUUUCUCAGUGACGAUCACAAAGUUAGAAGAAGCAGAUGCUGGGACAUACUGGUGUGGGUCAGACUCACAGUGGAGAGUUGGAAACUACACCAAGAUUCAGCUGUCAGUCGAAGAUGAAGCCACUGUGGACACAAAUGCACCCAAGGCAGAAGGUUUAGAGGAAGUGAUUGAUGCGAUGGAAAAUGAUGUCGAAUUCCACCCUUCCUUUCAAACUCCUGUGGCAAGAAGGAACUCCUAUUGUGUGCAUAAUAUUGUGUGCAACGCAAAGAUGUGGAGCCUUCAAAACCUGCUUUUCAUCCUCUGCAUUUCUCUGAGAUGUGCGACCAGUGCAGUAGGGGUGCUCAAUGUCACUGGAUAUCUGAGAAGAGAGGUUAACAUUUCCUGCUCUUAUGAUCUGGGUUAUGAAUCAUAUGAGAAGUACCUCUGUAAGAACAGUUGUGGCAAGGGUGAUGUUCUUAUUACAACAACAAACCCAGUGAACUAUAAAUACAUGAUCCAUGAUGACAAAAUAGCACGAAUCUUCACAACGACCAUCUCUGAUCUUCGUUCCAUGGAUGCCGGGAAAUACUGGUGUGGAGUGAAAAAAAUUUUCAAAGAUGUCUACACUGAAGUCGAGCUGAAACUAGUAAAAGACCGCUGCUGUGAUACUGUGACCAAAAUUCUGAAUUAUCAGGGAUAUUCAGAAUCCAUUAGUUGUCCGUAUGAGCGUCAGUACCAGAACAGCCUGAAGUACAUCUGCAGAGGAAACCGGCCUUCCACAUGUCUUCAGCAGGCACUAAUCACCUCUGACAACAAGGAAAAUGGACGAUUCAGACUUGAUGAUGAUAAAAUGUUAAAAAAAUUUACAGUGAACAUCACCAGUUUGAGCCAAGAGGACUCAGGGUAUUACCUUUGUGGUGUCCAAAGAAACUUUGACUUGGAUGUUUUCUCUGCAGUUCUGUUGGAAGUUGAAGAGUUCUGCUGUGUCAAAUCAACUAAAAUAAAUGGUACUAUGGGGCAGCCACUAACUUUGCAGUGUCCUUAUUCUCCACAACACCGGGAUAACAGGAAGUUCCUCUGUAAGGGAGACCAGCACAACAGCUGCAUGGACAUGACCAAUCAAAGCAGGUUCACUGUCCAUGAUAAUGUUUCUUCCAGCUCUUUCUUGGUGAUGAUUGCAGAGCUGGAAGCAGCUGACGCUGGGACAUACUGGUGUGGGUCAGAUUCACAGUGGAAAAUUGGAAACUACACCAAGAUGGAGCUGUCGGUUUUUCUGCAGCACACUCUGGGAACUCUGGAAACAAAUAACCCAGCACUCUAUGUGGUUUACAUUGUAACCCCUGUGCUCCUACUGAUGUGUGUCCUGUUUAUUCUUUAUAAGUACAGAUGUUCCACAGUUAAAGGUGAUGAAGCCACAAGCAGAAAUACCCAAAAUAAGCUAUAGAGCUCAGAGGAAGCGAUGGGGGCAGCAGAAAGUGGAGUAAGAGAAGUUUAAAGCCUUAAUAGAGUUUUGUUUCUUUAAUACACGUAAUUAUAAAUAUAGGGCAUAAAAUAAAUGACUGAUUUUUAUUUUUAGUUGCGUUUAAUAUGUAAAGUUUAUUUGUAAUGUAGCACAACUGGAAUUUCAUGAAGUCUCCCAUUUGGAGUCAUUGCGCAUACAUUUUUAUUUUUGAUGCUGAGAAAAUAGCAAAGUGAUGUAUGAAUGUUGAUGAAAUCCACACUAUAACAUGGGUUCAGUCUCGUUCUGUGACAGUAGGCAAACAGCUGAAAGUCACAAAGGUCAAUAUAAUUGCAAUUGGAAACUUGAAUUAUGUAUUCAAGAAAAUAACUUAUGUACAAGAGAAGUGCUCCCCUGGCCUUGUUUAAGUUCUAUGUGGGUUUCUGACAUUAAUUAUUGAUGAAUGAGUAUAUCAUAGUGCAGUCUUUUAUUGUGACACAUAGGGGAGGCUAUCGGCCAGCAGCCUGCACUUACAGAACCAUGGAUACAUAAUUUAUGUGCUGCUGUUUUGAUAAUUUCAGUCUUUGUGUUUUAGAUUCUGUAUUUAAAGAAGUAUCAACUGUUUGUACUUUCUUCAGUUUUCUUUAAAUAUAUUACAAGUCUGGAGAGACAUACGUGUAUCUUCCCUCAGUAGUGGAGGUAUACACUUGUAUGCAAUGACAUACAAUGACAAACAUUCUACACUGGCUGUAGUGCUACAAUAGAACAUUCAAAAAUGUUUCCAUGAAAUCCCAAGUGUCUGUAAUACAUGUCACUCAUAGUUCUGUUUAUUGUGUUGUUGUUUUUUUUAAUGGAACUCAAGAAGCUGAGAUGACUGGUAGCCACUAUGAGGAUAUCGGUGGAGAUGAAGUAUCUAUCAAAACUUUACCAGAAAAAAAAAAAUCUACCGUGAUACAAAAUUUCAGCAGAAGACUGUUUUGUUUUUUGCUUGAUUUUCAUAACAAAAUCUGCUGUUUUUAUAAAAUUGUAGAAAAACCAGAAUAUAAAUUAUCAACAUGAGUGUAAAGAGAAUUAAUAAGCAAAGCAAAAAAAAGUGCAUGGAAUUAAUUUUAAGUUUAACAGUAGAAUUAUUUUUGUUUAGCUUAGUAUUAUAUUUUACUGAUGCAUUCAAAGAAAAAAGAAAGAAAAUAAAACACAUG